GUCCCGUACCAAAGGCCUAAACCCUCUCGCUGCUUUCCUCUCCUCGCUCACCAACGAUGGCGGAGAGAAAGGGGAAGCCCGUGAAGGCGGAAGCGGACGAGGAAUACGACGAAGACGACGUUCCCCUCUCCGUCGUCUCCAAGGCGAAAGCCGCGAAGAAAGAAGAUCCGGGCAAUGGCGAAGACGACGAGGACGAGGACAAGGAAGACAACCUGCCCCUCUCCCUCUCCAAAUCCAAGUUCAAGAAAUCCAAAAGCCCCUCUUCUAAGGUCAAAAAAGAAGAAGAGGACGGAUACCAGGAUCAAAAUGUCAAGAAGAGGGAAGAGGGGAAGAGCAGUGGGAAGCCCUCCAAAACAAAGAAAAGAGAAGCGGAUGAUUCAGAAGAUGAGGAUUUCAAGGACAAGAAGAAACAGAUGAAGAAGAAGAAGAAGAGGAUUGGGGAGGAGAAGGUGAUCGGGAAGAAGGGUACGGCUUCCGUUGCUGCUGUUGCUGCCGGGAAGGUAAAGAGGGAGAAAAAGGUUUAUGAUUUGCCGGGGCAGAAACACGACCCACCGGAGGAAAGAGAUCCAUUGAGGAUUUUCUAUGAGACGCUCUACGAUCAGGUUCCAGAGAGCGAAAUGGCUGCAUUCUGGAUGAUGGAAUGGGGUUUGCUUCCAUUUAAUGAAGCUAAGAAGGUCCAUGAGAAGAAGCUAAAGAAGGCCCAGCAACAGAAGCUCAGCUCGCCGGUGAAGGUAGCUUCUGUCAAGAAAACAUCGAUCGCCACAGUUAAGAAAGUUCCAAAAACAAUCUCCAAAACUGUGACUAAGAUCCCUAAGAAGCAGAAGGCUAGUGAUUCAGAAGCAGACGACGACGACGAUUUCAUUAUGCCAAAAAAGAUUAACAAACAGAAGGUUUCCAGCUGACCCAGAACAUCACUUGCAGUGCUUUGGUAGUUCCAUUUAUUUGCUUGCAGUUCCUCAUGCUGGUAAGCAGAGGUGAACACUAAUCUUGCUCGAAAGGUGUAGAAAGAGGGUUGCUACUAACCAGUACUGCAUUGGUACUUAUUGGACUGAGUAGAUUUACACUCGAAACAUGCUCUUGUCAUGAAAUCAUGGGAAAUGUUUAGCUAUAUGGAGAAUGGCAACAUUUUAUGAAGUUCAGUGGUUUUAUUGACAUAUAAAAUUGACUUUUUAUUGAAAAA